GCUCAGACGACUUCCGCCGCCGCCGGAAGUGACUUAACCUAGCGUGCAACGCGAAACCCUCUCUUCCGGUAUCGUCGCCAUCAGCACCAGCACGAUGGCGAUCCGCUACCCGAUGGCCGUUGGCCUCAACAAAGGCCACCCGACCACCAAGAACGUCGCCAAGCCGCGGCAGUGCCGCCGCCGUGGGCGCCUGACCAAGCACACAAAGUUUGUGCGCGACCUGAUCCGCGAGGUGUGCGGCCACGCGCCCUACGAGCGCCGCGCCAUGGAGCUGCUCAAGGUGUCCAAGGACAAGCGCGCGCUCAAGUUCAUCAAGAAGCGGCUUGGCACCCACACCCGUGGGAAGAGAAAGCGUGAGGAGCUCAGCAACAUCCUGGCCGCCAUGAGGAAGGCCGCCUCCAAGAAGGAGUGAAGUCCCACCCCUCCCCCCCACUCUUCAAUAAAAACCGUGGACUAUUGGAA